AUGGCCAGGCUCACAGUCAAUCUUCCACAUCCAAGACCUUUAGCUGGGUGCAGUUGCAUCAUGCUGAACUGCUCUCAACCUAACAUGCCUUCCCUGCUGGAGGCUCUCAAACCGGUCUUCAAACUGAGCUCCAUUCGACCUGUCAUGAAUAUGUCAACCCCCACCAACGUCAGCAUUACCUUCACCCUGUUUGGCAUUUUGGGGGUGGAUGAAAAGGCCCAAAUCUUGACAACGUUUAUCUUCCAAACUUUAGUAUGGAGAAAUGAGUUCAUCAGGUGGGACCCAGAACAGUGCGGUUCUUUAAGGAUUUCAGUUCCAAGAAAAAUGCUCUGGGUACCAGAUGUGGUCAUCAAUGAAUUUAUGGAGAAGAACUCAGCUCCAUUUGCCCCGUACAACUAUCUGAAUUUUAAUGGCUUCGUUACUGAUGCACAGCCUGUCAAAGUGGUCAGCUCCUGCAGGCUCGACAUAUACAUGUUUCCAUUUGACAUCCAGAACUGCAGCUUAAGCUUCAACUCCUACCUACACCGUAUGGAUGCUCUGCGGAUUGACCACUCAGCAUCUGCAGAGGAAAUAUUUGAAUCCUCUAAAGAAUGGAUGGUAACAAUGGGUGAGUGGGAACUCAUUGGAAUCACCAUGAAGAAAUACGAAUUACCAGCUUCUGAUGACAAGAUGUAUGAGGAACUUCGCUUCUAUGUCUCAAUGAGACGUCGGGCCACCAUGUAUGUGAUGAACCUGCUGAUCCCCAGCUGCUUCCUCAUUACACUGGACCUCUUCAGCUUCCUGCUGCCCCCACAAAGCGUGGACCGUGCCUCCUUGAAGAUGACCCUCAUCCUGGGCUACACCGUCUUCCUGCUCAUCAUGAACGACCUGCUGCCUAUCACUGGAAACACCAUACCUCUCAUAAAUGUGUUCCUGUCUCUGUGCCUGGCUCUGAUGGUGGCCAGUCUAGUGGAGAUUAUCCUCAUUACCAACCUGCUGUGUGGCUCCGCUAACUACUCUCCAGCUCCUCGCUGGAUCAGAGUAUUUGUUCUUCAUAUCCUGGGGCGACUGGUAUGGCUUCCUCCAAAGCCCAGAGAUCUACAAGACAACACUGUCAUCCAAAAUCCUGCAGCACAAGAGGUCAACGACGCUCCAGAGCAGAAAGGAACACUGAAUGAGGACAAGGCCCUGGAGGAGCUCAGGAGCCUGAGUAGGGACCUCCAGGCUCUCCGCCUUCAGGUGGAGCAGCAGCUGGGUGGAAACCAGAGCUCAGAGGAGUGGAUCCAGGUGGGUUUCGUCAUAGAACGCCUGCUGUUUGGCCUCUACAUCCUCUUCAUAUCGGUCAGCUUCAUUACCAUCAUCAUUCUCUGGGUGCAGUCAAACACCUCAACCUGA